UCCGGCGUCCUCCUCGUGGCGGUCAUUUUGGCCUCUGUCCUGUCUGUCGCCCCCGCAAGUCUCUGCAGCGGAGGUCGCGACUGAGGGACGGAACAGAGAAGGCGCGAAAGUGGGCCAGAGGUUCUGCGACGCCACCUCGGGUGAGCUGUGCCAGGCCCGGGAUAGGGACUGUUGUGUUCGAACGCCCGCCCCGGUCGGCCGCCGCUCCCCGCCUAGUCCACGGAGCUCAAUGGCGGCAGUCGCGCUGAGGGACUCGGCUCGGGGUAUGACCUUUGAGGAUGUGGCCAUUUAUUUCUCCCAAGAAGAGUGGGAGCUCCUUGAUGAGUCUCAGAGGUUCCUGUACUGCGAUGUGAUGCUGGAGAACUUUGCACAUGUAACAUCCCUGGGUUAUUGCCAUGGAGCGGAGAAUGAGGCCAUAGCUUCUGAGCAGAGUGUAUCUAUACAGGUCAGGACUUCUAAGGGCAAUACACCCACCCAGAAAACUCACCUCAGUGAGAUUAAGAUGGGUGUCCCAGUCUUGAAAGACAUUUUGCCUGUGGCUGAGCACCAAGCCACAUCCCCUGUGCAAAAGUUGUACUUGGGUGGCACAAGCAUGAGAGGCUUCUGCUUCAGUGCUGACCUUCACCAGCAUCAAAAGCAUUACAAUGAAGAAGAGCCCUGGAAAAGGAAGGUGGAUGAGGCUACAUUUGUGACAGGCUGCAGAUUCCAUGUGUUGAAUUAUUUCUCCUGUGGGGAGGACUUCCCAGCCUCCAUGGACCUACUCCAACACGAAGCCACUCCCAGUGGUGAGGAGCCACACAGUAGCAGCAGCAAGCAUAUACAGGCAUUUUUCAAUGCAAAAAGUUAUUACAAGUGGGGUGAAUACAGAAAAGCUUCAAGCCACAAACACACACUUGUUCAGCAUCAGAGUGUCUGCUCUGAAGAAGGGCUUUGUGAGUGUAGCAAAUGUGAGAAAGCAUUCACCUGCAAGAACACACUUGUUCAGCACCAGCAAAUUCACACUGGACAAAAGACAUUUGAGUGUAGUGAAUGUGAGGAAUCCUUUAGCAAAAAGUGCCACCUAAUCUUACACAAGAUAAUUCACACUGGAGAAAGGCCUUAUGAAUGCAGCAAUCGUGAGAAAGCCUUUAUCCAUAAAUCUGAAUUCAUUCACCACCAGAGACGUCACACUGGAGGACUGCGUUAUGAGUGUGGUGAAUGUAGGAAAACCUUUAGCUACAAAUCUAACCUCAUUGAACACCAGAGAGUUCACACUGGAGAAAGGCCUUAUGAAUGUGGCGAGUGCAGGAAAUCCUUUAGACAAAGCUCUAGCCUUUUUCGACACCAGAGAGUUCACUCUGGAGAAAGGCCUUAUCAGUGCUGUGAAUGUGGGAAAUCCUUUAGACAAAUCUUCAAUCUCAUUCGACAUAGAAGAGUUCACACUGGAGAAAUGCCUUAUCAAUGCAGUGAUUGUGGGAAAUCUUUUAGCUGCAAAUCAGAACUCAUUCAACACCAGAGAAUUCACAGUGGAGAAAGACCUUAUGAGUGCAGAGAAUGUGGGAAAUCCUUUAGACAAUUCUCUAACCUCAUUCGACACCGCAGCAUUCACACUGGUGAUAGGCCUUAUGAGUGCAGUGAAUGUGAGAAAUCCUUUAGCCGCAAAUUUAUCCUGAUUCAACACCAAAGAGUUCACACUGGAGAAAGACCUUAUGAAUGCAGUGAAUGUGGAAAAUCCUUUACCCGCAAAUCUGACCUCAUUCAACACCGGAGAAUUCAUACUGGCACAAGACCUUAUGAGUGCAGUGAAUGUGGCAAAUCUUUUAGACAGCGCUCUGGCCUCAUUCAGCACCGGAGACUUCAUACUGGAGAAAGGCCUUAUGAAUGUAGUGAAUGUGGGAAGUCUUUUAGCCAAAGUGCUAGCCUCAUUCAACACCAGAGAGUUCACACUGGAGAAAGGCCUUAUGAAUGUAGUGAAUGUGGGAAAUCCUUUAGCCAGAGCUCUAGCCUCAUUCAACACCAGAGAGGUCACACUGGAGAAAGACCUUAUGAGUGCAGUCAAUGUGGGAAACCCUUUACCCACAAAUCAGACCUUAUUCAGCACCAAAGAGUUCACACUGGAGAAAGGCCUUAUGAAUGUAGUGAAUGUGGGAAAUCCUUUAGCCGCAAAUCUAACCUCAUUCGACAUCGGAGAGUUCACACUGAAGAAAGGCCUUAAAUGUGAAGGGAAUGUGCUAUUUCUUUAUUCAAUAGCACUGGAGGAGCAUCUUUGUAAAUUUAAACUUUGAGCAUCCACAGUGGGGUAUUCUUCAUAAGUUUCAGGUAUGUGGGAAGUUCCGAGGAGGUUUAUUGUAAUUUCUAAUCUGCCAAGGCCUAUAGCCUGAUUUAUGUCACUGCCAAUUUCUGAGGCUGAAGCCGUUUCACAUUUCACCCCUACCACCUGGCAGGUGCACACCAUGUGCAUGAGUCACUUCCCCACAGUGCUCAGAGAAGCAAACCUCUGUACUCUCCCAUUUGCUUGGGGAAAUUAUUAAUAGCCCAAGCAUGUAGGGGGUCUUCAUGUCUUUUCUCUGACUUUAGAGUAUAGACCUGACCGAGUUGUGGUCCAGAGAAUCUGAGUUGUGCUGUCAGCUUUCUAAGAAGGAUUACCUUUUUAAGGAACAUUGGUGGUCUCACAUGAUGCUUGUGAUGAAUUUUUCCACAUUCUGAUUCACCAGCCUGGAAACUGCUUGGUGCACAUUGCUCUAAUUUAUAAUGUUUUUAUAAAGGUUUUAAAAAAAUUUAUGCACCUUUAAUCUUGGGUGUUCUAUUCAUUGCAUAGAAUGACUUGUAAGCAGAAUAGUGAUGUCAGCAUGAAGGGGUGAAUAGAUUUUGUGGAGAUCUCAAACUUUCUGUACUCAGAAGGGACAAUGUGAUGGCAGAAGACAGCUCUUUGUUCUGUAUUGGUCUAAUUGUCCUGCUGCCCAAGGCCUCAAAGUAAAGUCUGCCAGGCUUUGUGUUCCCGUAUUGUGUCCUGGUGCCAUUUUUGUCAGGUCAGACAUCACCAUGAAAAGGAGGCAGUUGUGACAAUCCCCAGUGCUUCUGUGAACGUGAAUUUUGUUCAGUUGUCCACAAGAGAUCCACAUAAUUCCUAGCACUGGUGAGGGGAAUCUGUUUCCCAGGUCCUGCAAAGGAGCCAUGUGCCAUGACAUAUAAGUCAGUGUAGACUGGUGCCAUUUGUUGUCAGACUAUAGGUGUAGAGGUGAAAUUACAGGCGCAACUGUAACUGGGACAGAAACUCCAGGUAAAUGGGGAGUGGAGAAGACUGCAGUAAAUUAGAUGGAAUGACUCUUCUAAAAGUUCAUCUACAAAUUUUCCAUUGAACAUGGUUGUGUAGGAUCAGUGCAUACAGAAAUUCUCAGGAUCUUCUGUUGACUAUUGCUGAGAUCAUUGUCAGAAAAUAGUCUGGCUGGGCAUGGUGUAAUCCUAACACUGGGAGGCCAAGGCGGGCAGAUUGCCUGAGCUCAGGAGUUCAAGACCAGCCUGGGCAACAUGGUGAAACCCCAUGUCUACUAAAAUACAAAAAGUUAGCCAGGCGUGGCAGCAUGCGCCUGUAGUCCCAGCCACUUGGGAGGUUGAGGCAGGAGAAUCGCUUGAACCCAGAAGGCGGAAGUUGCAGUGAGCUGAGAUUGUGCCACUGCACUCCAGCCCAGGUGACAGAGUGAGACUCCAUCUCCAAAAAAAAAAGAAAAUAGUCUAUAAAGGUUUUGUGGCUCCUUGUAUCCUGUCUGGUUUGUUCACCUCAAGGCCAUUGCUAUGCAGGUAGGAGAACAAGAAUAGAGAGAAGAAUCAUUCUGCACUCUAGGGAUGUGGCUUUUGUGACUCAGCCAACAUUCCUAUUAAUUCAGGUGGCAACAGCCUUCAUUGCUUGCCAAAAUUUGCUGCCCCUGAGGCAAGGUUGCCUCUCUCAGGGCAUGAGGAGAGAGAGAGAUGGUGAAGUCCAUAUCAGGUUGCCACUGAUUUAAAAAAAAAAAAAAAAAAGGAACAUCUAGGCUCUUAAUUUUGAGCCAUUUUUUAAAGCUUUUUGAAGGUCUAAUUUGUAUAACUGACAUGCAACAAAGUACACAUAUCCAAAGUGUACAGUUUGGUAAAGCCAUGAAACCAUUAUCACAACCAUGAAAAUGAAUUUAUGUGUCACCCGUAUAUUUACCUUGUUUCCUUUUAUAAUCUUUUUCCCUUCCCCAGCUCUUCAGGUUCAAAUGAUUUCCUUUACAGUAAAUUAGUUUGCAUGUUCUGGAAUUUUUACUGAGAUACACACACACACACACACACACACAUAUAUACACAUACAUAUACGCAUAUACGUAUAUGUAUAUACAUAUGUGUAUAUAUACGUGUGUGUGUAUAUAUAUAUAUAUAUACUUACUGGUUUUCUUCAUGCUGUAUAAUUAUUUUGAGAUUCAAAAAUGAUGAAUCUUUGUAUUGCUGAGUAUCAUGCUGUUCUAUGGAUAAGUCAGUGUUUAUCCAUGUGUUUAGGGACUUUAUAUUAUUUAUAGAUUUUUGUAUAUUACAAAUAAAGCUGCUGUAAAUGCUUGAAUUCA